UCCUCUUUUAAUGCUUACUGUCUCCUCCUUAGCUUCCUGCUCAGCCCUGUGAUCCACACCGUUCUUUAAAAAGCACAAACACAUCUCUGCACCAUCCUUGGAGCAUCACUUCUCAUGGCAGUUUCUAGGAUCACUCGGUGGAGGCUGAUGUCUGUCAUCUUUGGAAUUAAAUGUCUUUUCUUGAUGGUUACUUUGGGAGUUUUGCUGAUAAAUUCAUUUACUAUACAGAACAUUCAAUCAACACCUUCUCCAACCCCCACUGUAGAAUUCCAGGAAGUUUCUGAGUGCUGUGCUUGUCUGGAAAAGUGGGUUGGACAUCAGUGCAAGUGUUACUUUAUUUCCAAAGAAGAAAAGUCUUGGGAAAGAAGCAGAGAUUUCUGUGCUUCCCAGAAUUCCAGCCUUCUUCAGCCCCAAUCCAGAAAUGAAUUGAGUUUUAUGAACUUCAGUCAAACCUUUUUCUGGAUUGGAAUGCAUUAUAGUGAAAAAAGAAAUGCCUGGCUAUGGGAGGAUGGCACAGUUCCCUCAAAAGAUUUAUUUCCAGAGUUCUCAGUUAUCAGGCCAGAGCACUGCAUUGUUUAUAGUCCAAGCAAAAGCAUUUCUGCUGAAUCCUGUGAAAAUAAAAACCGUUACAUCUGUAAGAAACUGCCUACUUAAAUGUUUCUUAAGGCAAAGGGUAUAGACAAGGAAGGUCCACUGUUACUAAAAAUAGUAACAGCUCUCAGUAUUACUACCUUUCCAUCUUGUGUCUGUAGAAUGUUUCUGUUUGCUAGCAUAUGAUUUUCAUACAUUUGUACCCAAGUAACUUAUACUUGAUGGCUUCUUCACACGUGUGCAUAAAAUUCAGAUGAAUCAAAAAUAGAGAGGUUUUAUAAAUAUUUUGACUUAUGAAAUAUAAUUUUAUUCAGUAUUCUUGUAAAGUUUUCCUGGAAACAUUAAAUAAAAUUUAUUGCACACCAA